AUGAAGCCUGACGAGCGAAAGGGUGAGAAGGGAGAAAGGUUUGCUGGUGAAGGGGAUGUUAAGAAGGCAAAGAAUGUAGGUCAGAGAGAAGAAGAAGAAGAAGAGCCAGUCCCUGCCAAGAGAACACCCAGAGAGACCGCCGCAGGAAGCAAAUCCAGGGGACCAGAAGAGGCUUCAGAAGAAGGUUCAAAGCGGCCAACGAAGAGAGUUGAAGUGCUUGGUGAAACCACUCCACUGGAGAAGGAGGACUCAAGUGUAUCCAAAAUGGAUAAGGAUAAAUACGCAAGGCCGGACGAAAAGGAGGUCUCAUUUAAGGAGGGAUCUGGUGAUCAAGCAGGAUCCAGAACUCCUACUGGAAAGGGUACUACUCCUUCUGAGCAACGUGAGGAGACGCAGCAGCGGAAUAUAGGGAGUGCCAGCAAACCCCCAAUGGCUGUCAGACGAACCCCUGAACUUUCAGAUAAGGUUGAAUAUCCCGUAGAGAGUGGUGAUAAGGGCCGCCUGACAUCUCCCUCUAACCAGGCCAUGUCCCGCUCACGUUCAGGUAACCAAUCAGAACCGCGCCGAAGUGACAGUGGACUCCGGUACCGCAGCGUUGAUGAACCCUCCCUAACUGGGCACUUAUCCACACGAAAGAUCCCGCAGGUGAAGCAACCGUGGUUCCCCCCACGUAACACAACAACAGAGGACCACAUUCCUCUUGAGAAACGUGAAAGUUUCCGUAACCGCGCAAACUCUAUCAGAGAAUUGGAGCGCCGAUCACGAGGGUCCGGGCGGAGCAGCGGACGCCACACAAGCCAUACUUCACCCCGUGAAUAG